AUGCUCUUGUGUUCUGCUUUAAAUAUCCCUCCCUCUGUAACUCUGUUUCGUCAUUUCUAUAUUACCGUGUCUAAUGGCGACUGGGUUUCCUUUUCCCUUCGCCAUGGCUUGGUAGAACUCUAUUAUGGGCUUCCUACUUCUGUUAAAUGGUGGAACGUGGAGUUUUUCUUUGUUGACACUUCUGCUUUCUCUAGCCCCAUGGCAUAUGGGGCCACUUCCGAUAGAGGUCUCAAUGCUCCACCCGAAUUAUCCAUUGAGCGAGAAAAUGUUGACCGUAAGAAACCGAUUGAAACUAUGGUCGGUCAAGAAGUAACUCUGAUAGAUUGUUUGCAUAAGAAACGAUUAUCAGAUUCCCUUGUAGUUGUUAAAGAGGUUGUUGUACUAGACUCCCAUUCUCUCUUCGAAUCGAGCAUGGAUUCCACCAUGAAUCCUCCAUCUUUAGAAGCUUUAGUGUCACUCGUUUCUUCUCUGAUGAAGAAAAAUGUCAAGGCAGAGUCGGGCAAGGGGAAACCUUAG